AUGGCAAGCAACACCUUCGCGGAGGGCUUUGCGCGAAAGCGUAUUCUACCCCAGCAGCAGGGCCAAUCAGAUUUCAGUUUUGAGAACGAAAGCGGUGCCAAGGCUGGUCUCAACUACCAGAGCCUAGUGCCGGCAGCGGGCAAGCCCAGACGGAGGCCUCGGACGGGCGGCGGUGCCAAGAGGCCCCCGCGCAAUUUCCGACGUCAAAGCGCCGCCGAACUCAAGCGCACUUUGGGCCUCCGCGGUACACCCGAGGAUACACGUGGCAGCAAGCUGGUCUGUCCCUCGGACCUACCCCUCCGUCUGCACAAUCUGUGGGUGGGAUACUCCGAGACGGUUCUAAACCUGGCCGCUGCGCGGUCUGUUGACCAACUGUCGACGCGUCUGGAAACCGUACUUCGGAUGGAUCUCAUUGGGGCGCCCAUGCGGGUGAAGAAGUCCACGUCAACCCGGCAGGUAACCUCUUUUCCUCAUUGCGACUGGCUUAUCCUGCCCCAGCUUGACAUCAGCUUUUGUAAAGCGAAUCGAAUAGGACCAAUAGGGCUAUUUACUCUUGAAAGAUUUUUUGUUUACACAUACUACUUUCUACGUAUGUACUGGAAGAUGGGCAUCCCAAGAAACAUAAUUCGAAUAAGAAUGAGUCCUUUGGAAAAUGAACAAACGUUAUUUCGUAAAUUUUCGAGUCUGGUUCCCAAGCUCGUCUUCAGACGUGUAGUAAGUGUGAAGAAACAGUCAAAAUUUAAACAUGCCCAAAAAAUUGAUAUUGCUUCGUCAUGGCUGAGGAUGGGUCAAUGCUGUGGGCUGAUGUCACGUCUUGAUUGGAUAUUACCUUUUCCACUUUUCCUUGAAAUUUGUGUACUUGGCGUCUAGAUCAAUGUGUCAAUUGAUGCAUGAAUCAUCAGAGUGAAUGGCCUCCAAGAAUUCUCGGCCUUUCUUAUGUGGGCAGGAACCGACAAUGCGGGUUUUAUCCCAAGCGAAUUUGUGCCCAGUUUCAAGAGUAUGCAUGGCGACUUGGGAUAAGUGGUCCCGCCUCUACACUGACAAUUUGUGUUCACGUAGGCGUGUAAAGGCGGGUUUUCCGGUUUGACCACAAUAUACUGUAUUACAAGUGCCACAUGGAAUCGUAUACACUACUUCUUUUUUAUACAAAUAGCCAACCCUAUCCUUGGGGUGUACAAGCCGAUUGCGUAGCGUGGUCGUCAGUUUGUAAGCCACUUGUAUUUGGUGCUUCCUCAGGUGUCUUUCAACGAGUACAGACACAUGUUUGAUGUAGGGAAGCGUUCGUCAAUAUUUUGGUUUUGGCGUCUGAUCGGAACAAUUUAGUUCCUUCUCUAUUAGUCUGACGUAAGACAUUGGUGCACUUCCAAAGCGUUGGUUCAGUCCGGGACUGUCUUAACACCCUUGAGGACAAACUAGUCAAUAUAACUAACACAUUUUACCACGCGAAACAGAUCAUUAAGAUGUACAGCCGACCGGAGAUCCAGAUGUAUUUACCCAGACACUUUUGGCAGGGUCCAUGUCUAAUGACCAGUUUCUAACUUGCCGCACACCUACUAUCCAAAGCACCGAUCACGUAGUCAAACUAUCCGAUUUCAUCCUCCACUUGCACGAAUUCAGCGCUCAUUUAGCCUCGAAGGCUACUCAAAGGUCACUAGCAGUGAUGGUCAGGCAGUAAGAACUCAUUCUCAGCGUGACCCUAAUAGCAUUAUUGCUCAUGUAAGGCUUGAGUGGCCCUGGUGUAGCUAUUGCGGACUAGGUCAUGUGUGUACGCACGCCCAGAGACGACCUGUUUAGCUGCGUCCGCACCCACCUCCGGUUAUCUUGACAUUGUCUUGGAGCACUUCCAGUUGUCUUAUUAUCAGUGCAGGCUGGUUGAGAGUAAAAACGCUGCGGUAGAUGCAGCGCAAGUCGGUCCCUUGCUCAAAUCACCCGUGCGGCGCCCGUCCCGUGGGGCACGGCUGCGGGUACGUUCGUGUUUUCCUUCAAUGCCUACGGGCUAGCGAUUUCCCAUUGAAGGCAUGACCAUGGUUGGCGUUAGGUUUAUGGCUGGCUACGGUCUCCCCAAGGGGAGUUACACAUCAUACCUCAUUUGGCAAUAAUGCGUUACGUGGAUGACUGCCACAGUGGUUUAAGGGUCUAUGGUUUAUGGUAAAGUCAUGCAGCCCAACAGGAUAAGUGGUCCAGUCAUUGUUGCCAGCUAGAUUGCCAUUAGCCGGUAUACGUUGCUGUGAGCCCUGUAAGUUGAUUAUUUUUUUGCCUGAGCAUACCAACUCGGUCCAAACUGAUGCCUUAGAAGCCGAUGCCCAUUCCCUUCCCUGCCCCUUAUCAAUACAAAAAUUUAACUCUCAAUAACCACUUCUGGGCUAGCCUGCGUCGUGGAGUUUGAUAGGCGGAACGUUAUGGUAGCUUGUACCUCAGUUCCUCAGACCAUUUUUGACCGAUUACAUCUAAGAAUCGCACCCGGCGCACUUUUGAAAUCGACCCUCAUUUUCUCUCGCUUUCAACUCACGCACGCGUAUCUCUUUUAACACAGCGAAGGGAUAGGUGUCUAACUGAAAUAGGAGUUCACCCCUUCAUAUUUGCGCUAAUUAAUGAUGCCGACCUCUGAGCACGCUCCGGGAACUUUGAAAAAAGCCGAUUUUCCUCUGAUGACAGCUCACUUGAACAGUACUGAAAUCGAAAACAAGCAUGUACAGCAGAAUUUAUUGGGGCCUAUAAAUUUCGUGACGGCUUUUCAACUGCAGCCCGUCUCUGCAUAACAUAGGUAACGAAUGAAAGCGCACAGCAGUAUGAAUUUGUACAGAAUGACAGUGCAUAAGAGCAAGGUCAAGGUUCAAGGCAAUGAAUAAUCAGAUAAGACGUCCACAUAAGCAUCAUAUAGGAAAGAGGGAGACGAAAUGUUAACAACAAAUCACAGUCAGGGGAGACUAGAUGUGUGAGAUUACCAGGGCAAUUGCAGAUUGAUCACGUGAUCUAACUGCUUGCACAGGUCUGGUUUCUCUCUCCGUAUGUAUGCUGCUUCCAAAUAACGCAAGGUUCGAGUUGUAUUUGCUCGGACAAGUACUCGAAAAGAUGCUUUAGGGUCGACAACAUGACCGCUAUCUAACAGGUGUUUCGUUAUAGACGAACGCGGGGUUUUGUUUUCCUGUUUGAAAAGCCAAUUAGGCAAAUGCUCAGCGGCCCUUGUUGCCAAUUGCCUUUGCGUACGCCCAAUGUACUUGCAUCCGCAAGUGCAUGUGAAUUCAUACACACAAUUUGGGGUGGCGUGCAUUGGCAAGGCAUCCUUUGCCCGGUUAAUUGGAAGGCUUUUUGUGGAACUAAUGAAGAUAAGCUCUGCUGCGUUGUACGUUCUUUCUAUAGUGCAACGCAAGCGUCGCUUGAUUAUGUUUGAGACGUUGUCACCCUUAAAAGGUAGACAUAUUAUAACGGGCUUCUUCGGAACGGACUGUUCCGUCAACUUUGGCCGUAAAUUGUUGCUGUACUUCUGAAUGAAGCGUGCAGGAUAACCACGAUUAAGCAAGGCUUCUUUGAUUCGGGCAGUUUCUGUAUCUAUGGUCUCCCUGGAGCAAAUAUUUCUCGCUCUUUGAAAAAGAAAAGUACUGAAAUCAAUGACUCAGAUCAUGGUUUUUAGCGUUUUUGGCGAAAGAGCUGGCAAGAAUGUGAUUUAUGGCCGGGACUACUUUCUCCGGGAAGCAUUUGCCCUCUAUAUUGUUACCAAUUAAAGGGAGACAUUUUUUACUAUCUGAUAAUAAUAGUAAAUGUAUUUAAUGUCCCUAUUCAAGCAUUGUCGAAAAGGCACUACAUUGUAUUUUUACUCCCUCGCUCUCACGCAACAGUCACCACGAGGCCUUUUUUGUCUUCCUCUGUCACGCACAAAUAAAUAUCGCCAGUUAUUUUCUUCUAGAGCAAUUGUUCCCCAGAGUAAGUAACUUCGACCAUAAACCACAUUCCUGCCAAAAGGCAUUCUCAUUUGAAGUAAAGACUUAUCCACCUCAGAGUUGAAGUUACAGAACUUGAAAUGUGGACGAUGUGCUAGCCUUCGAAUGAAUGAUUUCUCCCGUUCCUCUUGAGUCAACCUUUUUCAUCGCCUAAGGCUGGUAGCACUUUUCUAAAACCAGAAAGUUACGAACUACUUUCCUGCUAUUUUAAAUUAACAGUCGCCGUCUACGUUAGCCAAUUUACUUUUGGGGUAGGGCGUGUCAUACUAAUUUUACUUUACCAAAAAACGUAAAAGUCUCGGCAUGUCUCUCUUUACACUGCAUUUUUUAAGCUAACUCCUUCCUUUCUGUCCCAGGCUGGUCUUGAGGGUAUUGUCGUCAUGGAGACGCGGAACGUCUUUUACAUUGCCGAUUUCCCUCAACGAACAGUGGACGCCCCCGCUGACAUUGCCGCCUCUCCGACUCCAUCAAGUACCCAGACGACUGGCUGCACUACUCCAUGCACCCAACCGCGUCUUCAUAUUGUGCCCAAAGGAGGCACUCUUUUCGUCCUAAUGCUUGGCGAUGUCUGCGGCCCUUCAGGUCUCAGCGCAGAGGUUGUCCUAGAUGGCAGCGCCCUAGCACACAGACCCGCAGACAGGGCGUUGAGAAAGUGGCGCCUGCAGGCAGGGGGCAGUGCCUCCAAGAAGUUGGCUGCGAGACGCCGUAUCUGGCAGGAUACCCUGUUUUGCGCCGUCGGCGUCCAACCACCGGACGAAACUGAUUGA